AUGAGACUAAGCCGGGGCAUAUUGUGCGAGUGCGCGGGCGCUAGCGCGUGUCCCGACGGCGCGGCCAACGGCACCUGCACCACCCAGCCCGGCGGCUACUGCUUCGUGGCUGUGGAGAAAGUUCUAGAUGAGAAUGAGCUGGUGGUCCUCGAGAGGACUGCUGGCUGUCUGCCGCCUGAUGAAACAGGGUUCAUGCAGUGUAAAAGCUCACAAGUACCCCACCAGCACCCGAAAGUUAUAGAAUGCUGUGAAAAAGACCUUUGCAAUCGGCGGCUACAUCCACAGCUGCCAGAGCCCCCGCCCGAUGUGACCGAAGCGCCAGGCCUGCGCCCCACCGCGCCCGCCAGCCAGACCAUACUUAUGGCGGCCGCGCUGUGUGUCGCCGUGGUUGCUUUCGCAGCUUUGUGGCUCCUAUUCAGAAAACGACGAAGGGGUUGCAAGAGACCGCCCUCCCCGCCUGCUCCCUCACAUCACACAGAAAUAUCGUCCGGUUCUGGCUCAGGAUUGCCCCUACUCGUACAAAGAACAGUCGCGAAACAAAUACAAAUGGUCGAAUCUAUCGGUAAAGGUCGUUACGGAGAAGUCUGGCUCGCGAGGUGGCGAGGUGAAAAAGUAGCAGUUAAAGUGUUCUUCACUACCGAGGAAGCUUCCUGGUUCCGCGAAACUGAGAUAUAUCAGACAGUGCUGAUGCGUCACGAAAACAUCCUCGGCUUUAUUGCCGCUGAUAUAAAAGGCACCGGAUCCUGGACUCAGAUGCUCUUAAUCACGGACUAUCAUGAGAACGGCUCCUUGCACGAUUACCUGCAAACGGUCGUCUUGGACACACACUCGCUAAUGACGAUGGCAUACUCGAUAGUUAGCGGACUGGCGCAUUUACAUAUGGACAUCUUUGGAACUAAAGGGAAACCGGCGAUCGCCCAUCGGGAUAUAAAGAGCAAAAAUAUCCUCGUGAAAAGAAACGGACAGUGUGCGAUCGCAGACUUCGGGCUAGCGGUGAGAUACGUGGCGGAACGCAAUGAAGUCGACAUCGCGCCCAACACGCGUGUGGGAACUCGCAGAUAUAUGGCGCCCGAAGUGCUGGACGAGAAACUGGACGUCACAAACUUUGAAGCGUUCAAAAUGGCGGAUAUGUACUCUUUAGGAUUGGUUUUGUGGGAGAUGUGUAGGAGAUGUGCGACCGGGGAUAAGGCGCAGUACGUCGAGGCGUAUGCAUUGCCCUACCAUGAAUAUGUUCCCUCUGAUCCUUCCUUCGAGGACAUGCACGCGGUGGUCGUCGCCAAGAAGAUCAGGCCGCCGCAACCUGCUCGGUGGAAGGGUUGCUCCACACUGACGACGGUAUCCGCGCUGCUGGCCGAGUGCUGGCACCACAACCCUCCCGUGCGGCUCACCGCUUUACGGGUCAAGAAGACCCUCGCGAAAUGCCGCUCGGAAAGUGCCGUCAAACUUGUG